AUGGCAUCCGUCUCGUCUCUUGAUAAGGACCUGCGGAAGAUACGCCUGGACAGGUACACUCCGCAGGCAGCCAAAGAAGUGCGUGACUGGAUCGAGGAAAUACUUGGAGAACGGCUCCCCACCGGAGAUCUGCUCGAGGCAUUGCGGGAUGGCCUGGUGCUGCUUGUCAACAAAGCAGUUCCACCUGGUGUGAAGGCAAAGCAAUCCAACAUGCCGUUUGUCCAGCGGGAGAACAUUUCCCAUUUUGUCCGCGCUUGUCAGAUGCCGCCAUUAAGCCUUCCAGAUCACGACAUCUUCCUCACGGAUGAUCUUUACGACGCUAAGGAUCCAGCACAAGUCCUACAAUGCAUUGUGGCCUUCAGUAGGCGGGCAAAUGCGGUCAACCCUGCUGCCAUUCACAGACCUAUCGGCGUUAAGAGCAGAGCAAAAGUCGUUAGUCCUCAAUUGACCGGGACAAGCCAGAGCAGUCAUGGCAAGCCGCCCACUGGAUUGCCAAACAGAGAGCGAGGGAGCAGUAACGCUAGUGACUUAAGUGCUACUGCAUGGAAUCCGCUUGCAAAGGGCUCAUACUCCGGAAGAAUAAGCCCAACCAAGCAGAUGUCUCCACCCGGCAAUGUAAGCAGCUGGAGCAAGAAGGGCGACGAAGGAAGCACUGCACCAGCUUGGAACAUUCAUCAAUAUGGUUACAUGGGCGGGGCAAGUCAAGGUAAUCAAGGUAUUUCAUUCGGUGCCAGGAGACAGAUCACGUCCGCCACCCCGCCGGUGCCAAGUCUGGCCGAGAAGGAACGGAGACGGAGGGAAGAGGUGCAAGAAGCAGAACGACAGCGGAUACAGGCUGAAGAAGCAGAACAGAAAAGGCGGCUCGAGCGAGAGGCUGAGGAGGAGAGAGCCCGUGUCGAGGAAGAGCAGCGUUGGCAGGACGAAACGAGGAGAUUACGAGAAAAAGAGGUCCAAGAGGCUGAGGCUGAGAAGAGAAGAUGGGACGAAGAACAACGAAGAUGGAAAGAGGAGGAAGAGACUAGGCUUCGAGAAGAGCAAGAAAUAGAAGCUCAACGGGUCCAGGAGCGCAGUCGACAGCGUGGAAAUAGCGAUGCCCUGCUAAGAGGUCAAUUUCUAAGUCAAUAUCAAGCGGAGCAGGAUCAGAAAUCACAAAAUGAGCCCCACGAAGCAUCUCGGUCUACAUCGGAAAGUCAACGUAUCAAGGACCUCGAAAAACAACUGGAAUUGGCCAAGGAGCGAGAACGACAAUACCAGCAGGAACGUCAAGAGAAGUUGAAGAACAACCAGGUCCUUGGCAGGCGUCAACCAGAAGAGCAGUUUCGCCACUCUUCACCAGAUCAGUCACCAGCACGAACACCAUCGAAGCCUAGCGAUGGGGACGAUUGGGAGGAUUCGGAGCGGGAGCAUCUCCGAAAGGAAUGGCAGAUACAUAACGAUAGGGAACCGAGAGAUCAGCCUCCUCCACCCUACGCGCCGAGGCCUACUCAAGCAGAACCUGUCCCUCCAGCCCGCGUGAAACUGGAGAUGGAUAGCAGUCGCCCAUUGCCGCCUCCUCGACCAUUACCAGACCCCUCGGCUUACGCGCCAAACCUUAACCGCACGGAUCGGUAUCUCUCGACCAACCCUGCUCCAGCGGCUAGUUUGCCUCAAUCCCAUCGACCAGCAGACUAUUCGACCACUACGGAGGUUGACCUGGAGAACCAACGUCGUAAAGAAUCUCAAGCAAAGACCAAGGCCGGCGGUUGGGCAAGUAAGUCAUUGCUUGAGAGGGAGAUGGAGCGAGAGCGCCAGAGGCAGCGCGAAUGGGAAGACGAGCAACAACGCACAGCAGAGGCGUCUCGAAACCUGCAGGAAGGUGGAGGGCCUGGUCAGUCAUGGGAUAUCCACCAGUAUGGCUUCAUGGGAGGUGACAGCCAAAACCGUGGUGGACACGGCUUAGGCGUUGGUGGUGCGAGAAGGCAGAUUAUCGGGCCCCGGCCACCACCUUGA